UAUCAUUUCUUCAUACAAGUCAUUAAUACAGAUAAACAAAAAAAACAAAAACCUUUUUUCACAAUGGCAUCAAACUCAAUGUCUGCUUAUGGAUCUGGCUCAUGGACUGUUAAGCAGAACAAAGCCUUUGAGCGUGCUCUAGCAACCUAUGACGAAGACACUCCUGACCGUUGGUACAAUGUUGCUAGAGCGGUUGGUGGGACAACACCAGAUGAAGCUAAGAGACAAUAUGACAUUCUCGUGCGUGACAUCGAAAGCAUUGAGAAUGGGCACGUCCCAUUCCCUAACUACAAGACUACUGGAGGCAGCACCAAAGGCAGGCUGCGUGAUGAGGAAAAAAGGAUGAGAAACAUGAAGCUACAGUGAAGGAAGAAGCAGCAGAACCUAACUAUCGUAUGAUCGAUGGUCAAACAAAUAAAAAGAGAAUCACAAAUAUCAUUGUGUUUCAUUUGUAUUUUUAAAUUGUAUUUGCUAUUUUCCCCAUGCUUAGAAUCUAGUAAUCUACUAGUAUUUCGUGGAAACAAAAAGUGCACUCGAACUAAGCUACCAAUGUUCUUCUUAACAAAAAAAAUAUCCAAUUGUCUAAGUCAAUAUU